AUGCGCCCACAUCCAGCUGCCACCACCUGCAUCCAGCAGCGACUGCGACCUGCGUCGGGUGUUGAGAAGUGUGGAACUUGCGUUCUUCUGCUUAUCGCUCGAACUGUGAAAGGACACGACAGGGCUCUAAGAAACAUGCCAUCCCAUGCUUUAGCCAGCUCUCUCCUGGAUCUCGUUCUCGGGGAUCGUGCUGUAUGGCUGAAUGAUUGUCAUGUGAACUUCAGUUCGAAUAUCGAGGAGGUUUUAUGGAUGCGUCUUCGGACCAGCCUCAAUACCACCCUCCGGGUGGCUAGCAUCUCAGUCUACUCACCCACGUCACAUGGGUUUGGAGGCCACAAUGUAAAGUCGAACCAUCGUCAGUGCCCUACCAUCUGCGGCUCAAUGAAGAUAUGA